GGUCUAGCUACAAGAUUGGGAAGGCAGUCAGCGAAAAGCUGGUUGCUGUAUCUGGUCAAAUCGGCAAAGGACAUUUCAAUGAUGUAGCCGAGAUGCUGCCUCGUCCUCUAGUAGAUGAACUGCCCAUGGAGGAGACUGUUGGCCUAGAAUUGGCGUAUGGCAGAAGCUGUGGGUUUCUCAAAGAUCCACAAGUGAGAAUUAUGGGAUUAUAUGGAAUGGGGGGCGUGGGCAAAACCACCCUCUUGAAGAAAAUCAACAAUGACUUCCUCGCUACACCCAGCGAUUUUGAUGUUGUGAUUUGGGUUGAAGCAUCAAAAAUUAAAAAAAUUCAGAAAGUUGUUUGGAAUAAAUUGCAACUCUCACGUGAUGGAUGGGAAAGUAGAAGCACUAAGGAGGAGAAGGCUGCCGAAAUAUUGAGAGUUUUGAAAACAAAGAAGUUCGUGUUGUUGUUGGAUGACACAUGGGAGCGACUUGAUCUCCUAGAAAUAGGGGUCCCCCAUCCCGACGCUCAAAAUAAGUCCAAGAUAGUUUUCACAACCCGAUCACAGGAUGUGUGCCACCAAAUGAAAGCUCACAAGAGUAUAGGAGUGGCAUGUUUGCAUGUCGCCAGAAGUGGCUUGGACUUUGUUUCAGAAGGAAGUAGGAGAAGAAACAUUAAAGUCUCAUCCACAUAUACUGAGUCUUGCAAAGACUGUUGCUGAAGAGUGCAAAGGUUUACCUCUUGCUUUGAUUACUCUUAGGCGAGCCUUGGUGGGUGAGAGAGAUCCCUCAAGUUGGGACAAGGUAAUACAAGAUUUGAGCAAAUU